CAACACAAUUGUAACCAUUUUCUCUGUACUGCCGAAACUCCUUUCGUGAAGGACCUCUUAAGUUUUGAACACCUAGUGGUUUGUAUAGUACGAGCGCUUUAAUUAUUAUUUAUUGUUGUUGUUUUUUGUUGUCUAUUGUCCGCACACUACAUUACGUAGUGAGACAGACUGCUCCGAACCACACGGCAGUCGGUGUAUGGACAGCGACGGAAGCGCGUCGGGGUGUCAGAUGCGGUAGUCGGCAUCCGCUAACGGACAGCAACUCGUUCAUUCAUAUCUGUUUCAUUCGGCAAGUCUCAUGAUCGAGUCGACUAGUUCGUUUCGUUUGUUUGUGUUACGUGCUGGACGAAUACGUAAAUAUUUGUGAAGAUCCGAUUUUCAAUCGUCUGACGUGUUUUUUAUUAAAUCUAUUCUUAGUAUUUGAUACGGCGUGCGAUACAUUCAUGAGAAAACACUGUAUGUGGUUUGCUGACUUUGAAUGUCAAUAAAUUGUAUUGAUUUAAAUUUAACAGACAUUUAUUGGAUAGUAAUCACUACUGUUAAGAUUAAAAGAAUGUACUUUAUUUUGACAUCUAAAAGUUUACUCUGGGUUGGAUUAAGUUUAAUAUCUACAUGUACACUUUUUACAGCAAUCUACUCUCCUCAAUGGUUAGUCGGGCCUACUGAAUAUGAUUGUCUUUUGCCAAAUCUUAUAGAACAAAUUAAUCAAACAGAGUCAUUCGAUGUACGCUGUCGACCUUCGUUAGGAAUUUUCAGCAGAUGCAAAAAAAUUAAUGGAAUUCAGCACUGUGGUUCAUUUGCUGUUGAAGGAUUGGCCACCGAUUCAAACAUGUUUCCUACACCAUGGAAAAUUGCAAUUGUUUUAAUGUUUAGUGGCAUCUUUAUUAGUUUUAUAAUGUCUAUCAUGGCUGUAUGUAGUUUUUGUAAACAAUCUAUUCGUAGAAAAAGUAUGUUUGGUUUGGCGGGAUCUGGACAAGGUUUAUCAGGUCUACUAUAUAUGACAGGAGUGAUUUGUUUUGCAGCCGGUUGGGGUUCAGAACGCGUGGUUAACUUAUGUGGUAUACAAGCGGAGCCUUUUGUUUCAGCAAAUUGCACAAUGGGUUCAGGUCUGUACACCGCAGCUUUCGGAAUCGUUUUGACUUUCGCUACCGCAAUGCUAUCGGGACCGGCAGAUCGAGCUACGUCCAGUGAUAAAGUGGCACUGCAUUUGGAACAAGGGGAAAAUGUCGUAUUCCUUUUGUAAAAACUUAAUUAUAAUGAAUGAAUAUUCGUUCAUAGUAAACAAUUCAAAUGCAAAUUUAUAUUUUCCUAUUUAGCAUUUUUAAUCUUUCUUUACAUACAUACGUAUAGAGAGUGGAACAGACCAAUUGACAACUUUUUAAACUUUUGAUACAAUUAAUAUUUUGUUGUAAUAUUAAAAAAAAAAAAUGUCUACGUUUUUAGACGUUAAAAUUAUAUUUUUUACCAUUUGUUUUUAAUAAUAUUAUUAUUAGAAUUUUUAAUUAAAAUUUUUUUAAUAGUUUCAAACAAUUUUUGAUUAUUUUUUUGAGUAAUUAUUUUAAUAUAUUGAAUGGAAAAGUAACGCGGGUGUAGUAUGUUUUAUAAACAUACACCAACACGAGCUGUACCCAUAUGAGCAACACACCUAUUUGAUGUAUUGUAAUACUGGUAAUUCAAUAAUUACUCGUCCUAAAAUUUUUAUUGGCCUAAAAUCAUUCUUGUAAGAAAACUACUAACAACUGAUUAUUUUAAAACGUUAAAAAAUUUUAAAUAAAAAAAAGUUCUUUUAAUAUUUAUUAUUAUUAAAACAAAUAAAAGAAUAUAUGAUCUCAACAUCAUCUGAGAAUGCAUAAAUUAUUAAAAAGAAAAAAAAUUAUAACAAAAUGUUAAUUGUAUCAAAAAUUCAAGAGUUGUCAGUUAGAUUUGUUCCAUCUGUGUGUAUAUAUAUAAACAGCUCUCGGUUAUUAUGCAUCACUCGAUUACUUAAAAAAUAUAUACAUAAAUAUUUUUUUUGUCUUUUUUAAUAAGAUAUAUAUUUGAAUUAUCAGCCAAAAAUUAUUUUUUAAUAUUAACCCUAAUAACAUAUAGAGGCAACAGCUUUAUAUUUUUAUAUGAUAACAUACAAAAAAAUAUAUUUAAGAAAAUGGCUAACUGGUCGAUAACAACUUUUGGACCAGUCAUUCAGUAGGUUUUAGCAAUGUAUAAUAUUUCUUAGCUACUAUUCUCAUCUCACUUUGGUUUGAAAAUGAGAAUAACUUGAGAAAUACUGAAGAAUUGUUAUCGACUAAACGUUUUCUAUUUUAUAAGCCAGUUAAUUAUGAACGUUACCAUUAAAAAAAAAAAAAAUUAACGCCUCUAUAAGU